AUGAAGCGUGUUUUCUCGCUGCUAGAAAAGAAUUGGCUUGGUGCACCAAUACAGUUUACCUGGCAAAAAGCAUCAGGAAACUACCUUGCAGUAACAGGAGCUGACCAUAUUAUAAAAAUCUUUGAUCGCCAUGGUCAAAAAAGAAGUGAAAUUAACUUAUCUGGUAAUUGUGUUGCUAUGGAUUGGGAUAAAGACGGAGAUAUCCUAGCAGUGGUUGCUGAGAAAUCUAGUUGCAUUUAUCUAUGGGAUGCCAACACAAAUAAAACCAGCCAGUUAGACAGUGGCAUGAGGGAUCAAAUGUCUUUCCUUAUUUGGUCAAAAAUUGGAAGUUUCCUGGCUGUUGGAACUGUUAAAGGAAAUUUGCUUAUUUAUAAUCGUCAGACAUCUCGAAAGAUUCCUGUCCUGGGAAAACAUACUAAGAGAAUCACAUGUGGAUGUUGGAGUAAAGAAAAUCUGCUUGCUUUAGGUGGCGAAGAUAAAAUUAUCACAGUUAGCAAUCAGGAAGGUGACACAAUAAGACAGUCACCAUUGAAAUCAGAGCCUGGCAACAUGCAGUUUUCCAUCAUGAGGAGUGACGACCGAACCUCUACUGCUGAAAGCACAAUAAGUGUGGUGCUUGGCAAGAAAACUUUGUUUCUUUUUAAUUUGAAUGAACCAUAUAACUCGGUUGAUCUGGAAUUUAAGCAGAGCUAUGGCAACAUUGUCUGCUAUAGUUGGUAUGGCGAUGGCUACAUCAUGGUUGGUUUUUCAUAUGGAAUUUUUGUGGUUAUUUCCACUCAUAUUCGAGAGAUUGGUCUAGAGAUAUUUCAAGCUCGUGAUUAUAAAGAUAAUCUAACCAGUAUUGCAAUAUCACAGACCCUUAACAAAGCUGCUACAUGUGGCGAUAACUGCAUUAAAAUCCAUGACUUGGCAGAAUUAAAAGACAUGUAUGCUAUAAUCAACCUGGAUGAUGAAAUUAAAGGGUUGAGUACCUUGUCCUGGACAGAUGAUGGCCAGUUGCUGGCAUUGUCUACACAAAGGGGCUCACUGCAUGUUUUCCUGACCAAGCUUCCCAUUCUUGGGGAUGCCUGCAGCACAAGGAUUGCAUAUCUCACCUCCCUCCUUGAAGUCACCGUAGCCAACCCUGUUGAAGGAGAGCUACCGAUCACAGUUUCUGUUGAUGUGGAACCCAACUUUGUAGCAGUAGGACUUUAUCAUCUGGCUGUGGGAAUGAAUAAUCGAGCUUGGUUUUAUGUCCUUGGAGAGAAUGGUGUGAAAAAAUUGAAAGAUGUGGAAUAUCUGGGGACAGUAGCCAGUGUUUGCCUUCAUUCAGACUAUGCUGCUGCUCUUUUUGAAGGCAAAGUCCAGUUACACUUGAUAGAAAGUGAACUCUUGGAUACUCAAGAAGAGCGUGAGACUCGACUUUUCCCAGCAGUGGAUGAUAAGUGCCGGAUUUUAUGUCAUGCCUUAACUGGUGAUUUCCUCAUCUAUGGCACUGAUACUGGAGUCAUCCAGUAUUUCUACAUUGAAAAUUGGCAGUUCGUUAAUGAUUAUCGACAUCCUGUCGGUGUGAAAAGGAUUUUCCCUGACCCCAAUGGGACCACCUUAGUUUUCAUUGAUGAAAAAUGUGAUGGAUUUGUCUACUGUCCAGUUAAUGAUGCUACAUAUGAGAUUCCAGAUUUUUCACCAACCAUUAAAGGUGUACUUUGGGAAAACUGGCCAUUGGAUAAAGGUGUUUUUAUUGCUUAUGAUGAUGAUAAGGCAUACACCUAUGUCUUUCACAGGAACACUAUACAAGGAUCCAGGGUCAUUUUGGCUGAUGACACCAAAAUUCCCUUCUCUCAUAAACCUUUGCUGUUAUAUAAUGGAGAGCUGACCUGCCAGACACAGAGUGGACAAAUAAACAAUGUCUACCUUGACACUCACAGCUUCCUCAACAAUUUAAAAGACGUGGGGCCUGAUGAGCUGAGGCAAAUGCUGACACAGACCUUAGUGCUGAAAAGGUUUUCUGACGCUUGGGAACUGUGCAUGAUUCUGAAUGACCACGAUGCCUGGAACGAGUUGGGCAGAGAUUGCCUCCAUCACAUGGACGUGGAGUUCGCAAUCCGCGUCUACAGGGCUAUUGGAGAUGUUGGCAUGGUGAUGUCCUUGGAACAAAUAAAGGGGAUCGAGGACAACAACCUUUUGGCAGGACAUCUUGCCAUGUUUACUAAUGAUUUCAACCUGGCUCAGGACCUGUACCUUGCGUCCAGCUGUCCCGUUGCUGCGCUGGAGAUGAGAAGGGAUUUGCAGCACUGGGACAGCGCUCUACAGCUGGCAAAGCGCUUAGCCCCGGACCAAAUACCACUUAUCUCCAAAGAAUAUGCUAUUCAGCUUGAAUUCACGGGUGAUUAUGUAAAUGCCUUGGCUCAUUAUGAGAAAGGAAUAACAGGUGAAAAUAAGGAACAUGAUGAAUUGUGUCUGGCCGGAGUGGCCCAGAUGUCCAUAAGAAUGGGAGACAUACGACGAGGGGUUAACCAAGCCCUCAAGCAUCCCAGCAGGGUCCUUAAAAGAGACUGCGGGGCCAUACUGGAGAACAUGAAGCAAUAUUCAGAAGCAGCCCAACUGUAUGAAAAAGGCCUCUACUAUGACAAAGCAGCAUCUGUUUACAUACGCUAUAAGAAUUGGGCAAAAGUCGGUGAGCUUCUGCCUCAUGUCUCUUCCCCCAAGAUUUACCUGCAGUAUGCCAAAGCCAAAGAAGCUGAUGGGAGAUACAAAGAAGCUGUGGUGGCCUAUGAGAAUGCAAAGCAAUGGAGCAGUGUCAUCCGAAUCUAUCUGGAUCACCUCAACAAUCCUGAAAGGGCUGUCAGUAUCGUCAGAGAGACCCAGUCUCUGGAUGGAGCCAAAAUGGUAGCCAGGUUUUUCCUACAACUAGGUGACUACGGAUCUGCCAUUCAGUUUCUUGUCAUGUCCAAAUGUAAUAAUGAAGCUUUCACACUGGCUCAGCAACACAACAAGAUGGAAAUCUAUGCAGAUAUUAUUGGUUCUGAAAACACUACUAAUGAAGACUAUCAAAGCAUUGCCUUAUAUUUUGAAGGAGAGAAAAGGCAUUUUCAGGCUGGAAAAUUCUUCCUGCUGUGUGGCCAAUAUUCACGAGCACUUAAACACUUCCUAAAAUGUCCAAGCUCGGAAAAUAAUGCAGCGAUAGAAAUGGCAAUUGAAACUGUUGGUCAGGCCAAAGAUGAACUACUGACCAGUCAACUGAUAGACCACCUGAUGGGGGAGAGCGAUGGCAUGCCGAAGGAUGCCAAGUACCUGUUCCGCUUGUACAUGGCCCUGAAGCAAUACCGGGAGGCCGCCCGGACUGCCAUUAUCAUCGCCAGGGAAGAGCAGUCUGCAGGCAACUAUCGGAAUGCACAUGACCUUCUCUUCAGUAUGUAUGCAGAACUUAAAUCCCAGAAGAUCAAAAUUCCCUCGGAGAUGGCCACCAACCUCAUGAUUCUGCACAGCUACAUACUCGUCAAGAUUCAUGUUAAAAAAGGAGAUCAUAUGAAAGGGGCACGUUUGCUUAUUCGGGUGGCCAAGAACAUUAGCAAAUUUCCGUCACACGUGGUGCCGAUCCUGACGUCCACUGUCAUCGAGUGUCACAGAGCAGGCCUGAAGAACUCGGCUUUCCGAUUCGCAGCCAUACUGAUGAGGCCCGAGCACCGCAACAGAAUCGAUGCCAAAUACAAGAAGAAGAUUGAGGCCAUGGUCAGGAGACCAGAUACAUCUGAGGCAGAAGAGGUCACAACCCCGUGUCCCUUCUGUAAAUUUCUUCUCCCGGAAUGUGAACUCCUCUGUCCUGGUUGUAAAAACAACAUCCCAUAUUGCAUUGCAACAGGGCGGCAUAUGCUGAGGGAUGACUGGACAGUGUGUCCACAUUGCGACUUCCCUGCUCUCUACUCAGAAUUUAAGAUCAUGUUAAACACUGAAAGCACAUGUCCCAUGUGUUCAGAAAGACUGAACUUUGCUCAGCUGAAGAUGAUCUCGGACUGCACCCAGUACCUGCAAACAGAGGUGGAGCCGUGAGCGGAAUGUGCAGAUAUGUUCCUGGGAAGACAGCAUUUUUCCAUAGGAGGCUGUGUUUGUACCCCGAUGGACCUUCCUGGGUACAGAAGACAAAAACCAAGGUGACCUUUCCAGGUUGCCCCUUUCAACUUCUACAGAGUGACAAAACAGUAACAUAUAACACUGCUGUUAUUACACUUUGUAUAUUUCCUCUUCAAAGUCUUACACAUUGUAUGUUCUGCACUGUUAAUAGUAAACCUAUGACAUAAUUGUAAAUAUUCAGCUUUUUUGAAGUAUGUCCUUUAAAAUAAAAC